UCAACUCACAACAAAGCACUAUGGCAACACCGUUCAAUAGUCACCACUCACACCGCCUGACACGGCGUACAGGACGUAUAAGUAACUUCUGCUCGCUUCGCAGCAUCCUAACGGCCAAAUAUGCCACAGCGCAAAAUGUUCACUUUUAGUUCUUCGUUGGCCAACAGUGCGUUCGCAUGUAUUAUCUAACGGUACUUUCAUAAACAACAUCAACAUCAACACCAACAUCAACAUAAAACAAUUCUAACAAAGUGGGUUAGAAAAGUAAAAGUAAAACUAAAAAUAAAACAUAAAACAUAAAAGGAAAUCAACAUAGAGCGGAACUAAAGUCACAAUUGUGUCAGCAACCGCGCGCAAAAACAAAACAAACAAAAAAACACAGAGCAAUAUAACUGUAUUUUUUUUUGAAUUUCAACUGUGCGAAACCCGUCAAAUGUAAACAGUACCCUGCGGGCAUUUAGUCUACACUGGAGUCUGUGUAUGUUUGUGUUAUGUUUGUGCGUGCGUGUGUGUGUUUGUGACUUUGUAUUGCACUGUGUUGCUUGAGUGUUUUGAUUGAAGUUGUGCGAGUUGUUGUAAUUGCACUCUGUCUUAUCAAGUGAGUGGUGCUUAACGGCGCGUGUUGUUGGUUGCUCACUCGAACGUACAUACAAAUAUACAAACAUACAUACAUACAGAUACAUAUAUGCAUAUUCAUAUGCACAUAUUUCGUUUUAUUUUACGAUUGGCAAUAACGGUAAAUGCUUUUAGCGGAGUGUUAAUUUUAUGAACAACAACAACAACAUUAACAACACCUCUGUUGCAUGCUGCUGAAAUAGUGGAAUUUACGAAAUAAUAAUUGCAAAUAAGCAUAUUUCGUGCGCAAUAAACACGAAAUAUCCAAAGGAAAUGAAAACUAAAAUAAAGAUACUAAAUAAAAAAUUAAAAAAAUAAUGUGGGAAAACUAAUUAAUAAAAAUUAAAUUGCGUAAAAAAGUAACAAUUUUGACUGGCAGCUAAGUACUGGAACGCCACACACUCUAAUAAACUCAAUUAAAAAAGCAAAUGUCAAAAGCAGUUGCAACGCGUAAACGAAAAUUGACAUGUGAAUGACCCGCUGUUACAGUUAUUUGUGAAUGCGGUGUGCAGCGACGAAUGCGUGCGUACUGCGAAUGACGACGACGACGAAGUUGUGUCUGCUAUUUACACAUACAAUACAUACAGGCGGUUGGGUAAUUAAUGCAGCAAACAGUUAAAUGACAUUUCAGCAUUGUAAAUGCAUAGCAAUUGAUGCUGUCAAUUAAAUGAGCGCGCAACUACGAAAAUCUACAAUAAAACAGGGUACAGUCUGCAUUGGAGUGAGUAGAGCACGUUAAGCACGCCGUUAGCGCGAGGUCAUGCAUAGCAUUUAGAAUACAACAAAUAGUGUUGUUGCAAAUUUUGUUUUUUGACAUUUUUGAUAUUCUGCAUCAACGCCACAAUUCACUUAAACACCGCCAAGUUGGAAGGAAAAAAACUAUUCACGGCUGUUAAUAAUAUUUUAGCCGGUUCGAGCUUUGCACGCGAACUCAGGCAACUAAUGACGAGAAAAACUACAGACGUCUCGGAUGACACGGCUGCUGGCGGCGACAGCGCGGAACCACAGCAGCAGCAGCCACAGCAAAUCGAGGACGCCACUGCGUACUACGCACAACAAGCUGGCUACAGUGCCGACACAACACCGCCAACAACAACAAAAACACCGCCAACACAACAACAACAACGCCACAGUAUGGCUGCAGCGAACGCGGAUGCUGCGUGCGCGAAAGCAGCGGACACGCCAACACAUCGUCGCAAUCGACGCGUCACCGAACUGGUAUUGGAUCCAUGCAACAGCCGAUUGGCGUCGGAAACGCAAGAUUAUGAUGAUGCGGCUGUGGAUGAGGAUGAGGAGGAAGACGAUUUUGAAGAUGGUGUGGAUGGCGAAAAUGAUUAUUACGACGAAUCGCCAGUGCAGCGCAGCGCUAGGUUCUUGCAGCCGCGCAAACAACCGAGGAAAAUCGAAUUGCAAGAGCAGGCGGCGAGCAGCACGGCGAAAGGUGGCGUUAAGCGGCCAAAGCGCCGCAUACGGACGACACGUCAAUUUUCACAACGCACCACUUCGACGGAGUCUACGGAGAGCGGUGUACGGCCAUGCAUAUCGAAGGGUCAAAUGCGCGAAUUUCGCGAAGCAUUUCGCUUAUUCGACAAAGAUGGCGAUGGCUGCAUAACGAAGGAGGAGCUGGGCACCGUAAUGCGUUCAUUGGGUCAAUUCGCGCGUGUCGAGGAAUUGCAGGAAAUGCUGCAGGAAAUCGAUGUGGACGGCGAUGGCAACGUUAGCUUUGAGGAAUUUGUGGACAUACUCUCCAAUAUGACAUAUGAAGACAAAUCGGGACUCUCCUCUGCCGAUCAGGAAGAACGUGAGUUACGCGAUGCAUUUCGCGUAUUCGAUAAGCAUAAUCGUGGUUAUAUAACGGCUUCAGACUUGAGAGCGGUGCUGCAGUGCUUGGGCGAGGAUUUGGAUGAAGAAGAUAUUGAAGACAUGAUAAAAGAAGUGGAUGUCGACGGCGAUGGACGUAUUGAUUUUUAUGAGUUCGUACAUGCUUUAGGCGAACCAGAGGACUCACAAGAGAAUGAUGAUGAGAAUGAGGAGGAAAACACGACUUCACCAUUACCAACACCAAAAUCUGUUGUGUCGAUGACUUAUGACUAAGCCGCUAUGCAGCUGUAUAAGCUAUUUGACAGCUAACGACGCAACUGCUUAACGAAAAACUUUAACUAAAAGCAAACUAAUAAGGAUAAUAAGCAACAAAAAUAACAACAAAAACAACAACAUAAAAUUAAAUAAAUUUUACUUAAAUAAUUUUUGG